CCCCCGCACUGGCAGGCGCGCGCUCGCAGGCAGCCAGGCAGGCCAGCAGGCUCGCUCGCCCUCCCUCCCUCCCCGUGCACGCAGCCAGGCGGCCGGGCGGGCGGGCAGGCGAGCAGGCGAGCAGGGGGCGCGCACUCCCGGGCGGCUCGCACGCGCCGGCGGCCCCGAUCCGCGCCCGGGCAUGGAGUACUUCAUGGUGCCCGCGCAGAAGGUGCCGUCGCUGCAGCACUUCAGGAAGUCCGAGAAGGAGGUGAUCGGCGGGCUCUGCAGCCUGGCCAACAUCCCACUGACCCCAGAGACACAGCGAGACCAGGAGCGGCGGAUACGCAGGGAAAUUGCCAACAGCAACGAGAGGCGGCGCAUGCAGAGCAUCAAUGCCGGCUUCCAGUCCCUGAAAACCCUCAUUCCUCACACAGACGGGGAGAAGCUCAGCAAGGCAGCCAUUCUCCAGCAGACGGCAGAGUACAUCUUCUCUCUGGAGCAGGAGAAGACCCGGCUGCUUCAGCAGAACGCCCAGCUCAAGCGCUUCAUCCAGGAGUUCAGCGGUUCCUCCCCGAAGCGGCGGAGGGCAGAGGACAAGGACGAGGGCAUCGGGUCGCCGGACAUCUGGGAGGACGAGAAGGCCGAAGACCUGCGCCGGGAGAUGAUUGAGCUUCGCCAGCAGCUGGACAAGGAGCGCUCCGUCCGCAUGAUGUUGGAGGAGCAGGUGCGCUCUCUGGAGGCUCACAUGUACCCGGAGAAGCUGAAGGUGAUUGCUCAACAGGUGCAGCAGCAGCAGCAGGCGCGGGAGCAGCAGAGCCACACCCAGCUCUUGCCUGUGCACGGCCCUCCAGCACCCACCCACCACCCGACCGUGAUUGUGCCGGCCCCACCGCCCUCCCACCACGUCACUGUGGUAACCAUGGGCCCGUCCUCCGUGAUCAACACUAUCUCAACAUCCAGGCAAAACCUGGAUACCAUCGUUCAGGCCAUCCAGCACAUCGAGGGAACACAGGAGGAGGAGCAGCGCCGGGCCGUCAUAGUGACCCCCGUCCGGGUGACCCUCGACCCGUCCAACUCGGACACGGCCUCUGACUCGGAAGCAGAGGACAGCGACACCAUGGAUCACAGCAAGGCCGAGAUGCCCUGACACCGGCCUGGCGACAGGGCGGGGGCGGGAGGGUGAGAGGAGGGGGUUGCAGAGGAGUAUGCUGAGAUUUUUACAAAAUACCUUGAAAUUUGGGUCUCUUUUAUGACCCUUCAAUACUGUACACGGGAGCGCUAGAACCUGGACAGCCGAAAGACCACCUCUUCAGUUCAAAGCAAGCCAAGCAUUGGGCGAGGGGGGUGGGGUGGAAUGGGGGGAGAAAUGGAAUUUUCCAGGGGCCUGUCCUGUGUGCGGAGGUGGACUGAUCCGGAACCUGUCGCCACUCUGAGAUCAUGAACUCUUCCUGCAGGUUCCUGUGACUUAUCUGAAGCUUUGCACUCCAUUAUGGUUCUGGGCGCCAGCCAUGGCGUCCCCGGGAGAUGGACUUCUUCCUGGGCCUCGUUCCCCCUCCAUAGGCGGGCUUCAAGAACAGCCCCCUGUUGAAGAGCUCUGGGCAGUCCUGCCUCAGGGUCCGUUCACUGCAGGGGCGGGGAGUGGGCUAGCAGGGGUUUGCCUCCCAGUGCGACCCCUCCAAGCAAGCACAGAGUGUGUGAUUUUUGCCCCGCCAAGCUUUUUCUUGCACCCCAGUGGCCUCUGCAUCGUGGCGGGACGACACAUUUCCCUCCAUUCUCAGGGGUCGGUUCAGGUUUCAGCCCUUUCCGCGAUCUGGGAGGGAGCAUCCUUUAAAGGUUGCGCCGUCCUGGGGGGUCCCCCCCCCAGUGAGCCUUUCUGUUCUGUGAGCGCAGCGUUUGGUUGUGUCCCCCCCAUUCCCCCCCUCCCUCCACACCCCCACCCCCAAUUUGGCUGUAGAUCUAGGCCAGUGAUGUUUAGAGCCUGGUGGUAUUUGGUAGGUUCUUCCCCGGCCUCCGCGGCUUCUCAGUACUUUCCUCUGUUUUGGGUUUGGGGGGGGGGGAGGGGUUGUUUUUGUUUUUUUUUUACAAUUUUCAGGUCUUCGUGUUCAUUGAGAUGCUAUUAUAUUUUGUUAAAAAAGUGGGAAAAAGAGGCACGUGCCUUUGUAAAGAAACAAAAUAAAGUUUGUACUUUGUUUUUUAA